AUGCUGUCCCUCGCGGUCGUCACAAUAGCUGUGGCCUUCAUCGGUCCAGUAACCGCUGGCCCCUGGGAAGACGACAGAAAACGCGGCAACGGCUUCUUCAUGGAAUACCUCCCACUCGACAACUGGAUCAUCAAGGCCACCUAUUCAGACUUCCCAGGCAACGGCAGCACCCAGGACAUCAACUUCGUCCAGCCGCUGUUCGUCUGGGGCCCGACCCCGAACGUGACGGUCGACCCGGCCUGUAACGCCGAGACGUGGUGCGGCACCGCGAGCACCUUCAUCGGACAGGGGCCCGACCAGCAGAGCGCCGGCUUCAAGCCUGUCGCGGUGGGCACGACCCUCGACAUGGAGAUCAUCACGGACAGCCCUGGCAUGAGACCUGGGGUCUUCAACUCCCAGAACGAGUGCAUCACCGAUUCGUGCGGUACGCUUGAGAGUUUUGAGUGGAAGAACCUCAGGUUGACACUGAAAAAGGCACAACCCGGCUGGGGACCCAAGAUGGAGCUUGCAAAUGCUACGACUGCGGGCUGGGAGACGCCGGAUGGCGGUGUUACGUGGACCAAUGCUUGCAUCAAAGUCGAGAAGGACUACCUGUACAGGGACAACAGUAUGCGUGAAUGUUAG